ACUGCACGUCGAGCAUUCAGUAGACUCGGCCAUUUCUCUCGUGGAACGUAGCGACUAGCUCGGCCGCGCGACGUUUUUUUUUUGCGAUUGCACCGUGCGGGAACUCCCGGAAGUUUUGCAAAAUAACGCGACGCAAAAGGAUGAUACACUCCGGGCGCACCAGGCUCGAGAAAAAAGUAAGUCUCCAACAAUUAGUGGGAGGAGUGGGAGGAGGGAGCCAAGUACUGGCGAUCGAGGAAUCGGAAAAAGGAGGCAGCGGUACCGGUGGACAAUGGUGGAAGCAGCAGCAUCCAUCCUAUCAUCACCAUUAUCACCAUCAUCAUCAUCAACAACAUUAUCAUCAUCAGGGCGGUUAUUACACGUCGCAAUCGCAUACUCACAACAACCCUGUCACUACCAUGAAGCAAUCCUAUAUGCAGCUAACAUGGGUAUUUCACGAUGACGAGGCGCAGAUCAACAAGAAACUGCCAAAAGAAUUGCUACUCAGAAUUUUUUCAUACCUCGAUGUCGUAUCACUAUGCCGUUGUGCCCAAGUGAGCAAGGCCUGGAACGUGUUAGCGCUCGAUGGGUCCAAUUGGCAGAGGAUCGAUCUCUUCGACUUUCAACGAGAUGUGGAGGGACCAGUGAUAGAAAAUAUCUCGAGGCGUUGUGGCGGAUUUCUCAGGCAGCUCUCGCUCAAGGGAUGCCAGAGUAUCGGCAACAACUCGAUGCGCACCCUAGCCCAAUCGUGUCCUAAUAUCGAGGAGCUCAAUCUGAGCCAGUGCAAGAGGAUCUCGGACGCGACCUGCGCGGCCCUCAGCAGCCACUGCCCCAAGCUGCAGCGACUGAAUCUGGACUCGUGUCCCGAGAUAACGGACAUGUCCCUGAAGGAUCUCGCGGCCGGUUGCCCGCUACUCACUCACAUCAACCUCUCGUGGUGUGAGUUGCUCACCGACAACGGGGUUGACGCGCUCGCCAAGGGCUGCCCGGAGCUCCGGAGCUUUCUGAGCAAGGGAUGCCGCCAGCUGACGGACAAGGCCGUGAUGUGCUUAGCGCGCUACUGUCCUAAUCUCGAAGCCAUCAAUCUACACGAAUGCAGGAAUAUAACGGACGACGGAGUUAGAGAACUUAGCGAACGGUGUCCACGGCUGCAUUACGUUUGCCUGUCGAAUUGCCCCAAUUUAACGGACGCGACGUUGAUUAGCCUGGCACAACACUGUCCACUCCUCAGUGUACUCGAGUGCGUCGCGUGCACCCAUUUCACGGAUACGGGCUUUCAGGCCCUCGCGAGAAACUGCAAACUACUCGAGAAGAUGGAUCUGGAAGAGUGCCUUUUAAUCACCGACGCCACCCUCACUCACCUGGCGAUGGGUUGCCCGAGGUUGGAGAAACUAAGUCUGUCACACUGCGAGCAGAUCACCGACGAAGGCCUCCGACAAAUCGCGCUGUCGCCUUGCGCGGCGGAACACCUAGCCGUCUUGGAGCUGGACAACUGCCCGAACAUCACGGACAACGGUCUGAACCAUCUGAUGCAGGCCUGCCACAAUCUUGAGCGUAUCGAACUUUACGACUGCCUACACAUUACCAGAGAGGGCAUACGUAAACUCAGAGCCCACCUACCGAACUUAAAGGUGCACGCGUAUUUCGCACCGCCGACACCGCCACCCAGUGCGGGAGCCUCGCGACAACGAUACUGUCGGUGCUGCGUCAUUCUGUGAUUUUGCCUUCAACUCCUAACUCC